AUGACGGCAGAACGCGUUGAUAUCGUGGUUGUGGGAGCUGGGUGGAACGGCCUGAUCGGGGCGAAGACCUACCUUGACUUCGCGCCUGAUACCAGCCUGGUAAUUCUCGACGAACAGACCUCCAUUGGCGGUGUUUGGAGCGCGGAAAAGAUUUACCCAAGUCUUUUUGCCCAAAUCAAAUACGGGCAGUUUGAGUAUUCUUUCUACCCCAUGAAGCGUGAGGGCAUCACCCACGAUGGUUACAUUGCCGGAGAUACCAUUCACCGUUACCUCAACGACUUUGCACGGGACUUUGACCUUGUUCGAAGAACUCGUCUUCGCACCAAAGUAGAUCGGGUCGAAAAGAUUCCCGACAAGGAGGGCGGAGGAUGGAAGUUGCACCUCCAAGGCAAGCCGCCUCUGUCCUGCUCUAAGCUCAUCUAUGCCUCGGGAGCCACGUCCCACCCCGUCAUUCCCUCAUGGCCCAAAUCCAACUUCUGCGCACCCAUCAUUCACUCAUCCGAAGUGGGCUCCCAUCUGGGCGCUCUAAACAAGAUCAAGCGUGCCACCGUCAUAGGCGCCGCCAAGUCGGCCUACGACACCGUGUUCCUCCUCCUUCAGCAAGGAAUCCAGGUACAUUGGGCUAUCCGCGAAGACGGCUCAGGACCACUUGCCAUCAUGCCUCCCAAAAUCGGCCUUCUCAACACCAUGGACGUUGUCGCCACUGGCCUCAUGGGCCACCUGGGCUCCAGCAUUCUGAAGACUAGUGGUACAGGUUAUUGGUUCUUUAACCGCACGACUCUCGGCCGCGCCGUGGCCCACGCCUUUUGGCAGACCGUGAAUUUCAUCGCGGCCUCCCACGCUGGGUAUGAUAAGUCUCCCAAUGCGCAGAAGCUUAAGCCACUGCCCAUCGGCAACGGCAUCUUCUGGGCCAACGCGGGACUUGGAUGCGCAAGCGUCCCGGACUUCUGGAAGGUGUUUCACGCCGGUGAUGUCACCGUCCACCGUGACGAGGUGGCUGCGCUAGGUGAGGGCAACCGCGUCACGCUGCGUGGUGGAGAUGAAUUUGAGACGGAUUACAUAAUUCUCUGCACCGGGUUCGAUAAAUCAUACCACCAGUUUGACCCGGAACUUCAGCGCUUGUGCGGCCUGGUGCCGGACUCAGAUCCGAUGAUGAAGGCCAAGUGGGCGGAUUUGGAGGCCAGCGCCGAGUUAAAGGUUGAUGAGCUUCUACCGGUUCUCAGGGAGAGUCCCGUCGAGGCAACCGAGAGGCAAGACGACGAGAAUCUCCUGCAUGGACCAAGCCGACACUAUCGUCGGUUGGUGGUGCCUGAGUUAGCUGGUGAGGGCGAUAGGAGUGUUUACUUCCCCGGUUUCAUCCACACUAUUUACACGCCGCUUGUAUCUGAGGUGCAGGCGCUUUGGGGUGUGGCUUUCAUGCUGGAUCUUGUGGAUCUGCCAGAGAAGUCCAAUAUGGAGCGAGAGAUCGCUGAGUGGACGGUAUGGACAAGAAAGAGAUACCUUACGCAAGGAAAGAAACACGCGUAUGCGAUUUACGACUUCUUCUCAUACAUAGACGUGCUCCUCGAGGACCUUGGGAUCAACACAUCGAGAAAGAGUAACGCUCUGGCAGAGUUGUUUAUUCCCAAGUACCCAAGCGACUACAAGGGGUUGACGGAUGAGUUUAGACGCGCCUUGGCGAAGAAGAAGGUCCAUGGCUAUGAUAGUCGAAACUCAUUAUAA